AUGAUGGAAAUGAGUUUAGAAAGUGGACUAAGUAAUGAGGUAGCAAAAUCUGCAGAUGGCACAAAGCUACUUAAUUUUGCCCAGACUAGUGAAGACAUUGAAAGUUCCCAGGGUCCUAAACAAGUUGGGAAAAUUGUUUGUACUCAAGCUAUUGUGGAUGAUGAAAGGCUUUCAGCAGAAGAAAUGGAUGAGAGGAGGCGUCAGAACAUUGCUUAUGAGUACUUAUGCCACCUAGAAGAAGCAAAAAGAUGGAUGGAGGUUUGUUUGGAUGAAGAACUGCCGCCCACUACUGAAUUGGAAGAAGGGUUAAGAAAUGGAGUUUACCUUGCCAAACUAGCAAAAUUCUUUGCCCCUAAAAUGGUCUCUGAGAAGAAAAUCUAUGAUGUGGAACAGACACGAUAUAAGAAAUCAGGCCUUCAUUUUCGACACACGGAUAAUACAGUGCAGUGGCUAAGAGCAAUGGAAUCCAUUGGCCUACCUAAGGUAAGGAUUUGAAUGACAUGAAAUAAC